GAGCCAGUUUGCAUCGAAGGAAGAAGCCAAGUUAAAAAGGACACCAGGCGAAAGGAUACUGAUGUCUAGUCGCUAAUGUCCAACAUAACUUUUAACAGUUACAGGAUUACUAGAGAGGGCUAGAGUUGGUUAAAGUCGUGAAAUGGAAGGAAUGUGAGUGUGCAUAGUUGAUCCCCUGCAUGUGGUCUGAAGAGCUUGUACAGAAGAGCUUUAAACAUGGAUAUGGAAGACUUCCCUCCCCCGCCUCCAGAAAUUUUUGCUGAAGAUGAAGAUGAAGGGGAAGCCUUUGACUUUGAUGACAGUGGUGAUGACAUCCCUGAGGUGGACCGGCCACCCCCCACCUCCAGCAUGAAGGAGCAGUGUCAGGUUGACCAUAUGUGUCAUCAAGCAGAGGGCGAUCAACCCAGCCUGGCCCCACAGACACCUUGCAGCGUACCUGACACAGCUCCAUCAGCCCAAGUUCUCACAGCAAGUGAAGCAACACCGGAAGCAGAUGGGAUAACCACUGCAGAGGAGACUGAUGACAAGAUAGAUUUACCACUGCCUCCUCCACCUGAUGAUGUUGUGGAGACUGAUUCUGGAAGAACAGGGUGUGAAGACCAGUUAGACGCUACACAUCCUGUUUCAAAGAGCUCCUCAAAAGUCAACCCUUACUCGGUGAUUGACAUCACUCCGCUCCAGCUGCAGCACGUCGAGCAGAACGGAAGCUCUUCUUCUCCUCCUGAACCAGGAGAACCCAAGGAGGACGUAAAAGAAGCACAGGAUACCCACGGCAGCCCUGGUGGCAUCACCUCGGGCUACUCAGUACCAGUGCCUUGUGGAUAUGCAACCCCAUCUGGCGUGCCGCUCAUCACGCCUGCUUACACAACACCCGUCAUCAUUCGACACCUCUCCGUGGAUGAAGACGUGACAGUAAUACGGACCGGGAACGCUUCUGUUGACAGUGUUUUCACUGAAGAUUUUCCACCCAUAAAAGAGGAGGAUGCUCUGGCAAAGUGGGCAUCAGAUCCCGCCAACACCGCAUGGAUGGAAAAUCCAGAUGAAGUGAUUUACGAUGACGUGCCCAGGGAGAACUCUGACUCCAACACAGAACCAGAUGAGAUGAUUUAUGACGACGUGGAGCUCGGUGAGGAAGGAGGUUAUCUCGACAAUGGCUGGAGCUCAAGCGAGUUUGAAAGCUAUGACGAGGCCAGCGAUGGAGAGGGACGCUCCGAGAAUGGCAUGCCCCAUGCCUUCAUGAGGGGGAAGCCCUCCCAGAGGAAGACGCAUCUCUCUCAAGAUCUGAGCCGCUUGAAAGAACACUAUGAGAAAAAGAUGAAAGAUCUAAUGGCAAAUACAGUGGGAACGGUAGAGCUGCAGCAGCUCAAACAGAAACACGAGCAGAAGAUGCAAAAAUUGGUGAAAGCAGCGAAAGAAGGGACCAAAGAUGGGCUUGAGAAAACCAAAGCUGCAGUUAAGAAGGGGCGUUCUUUCAUCAAAACCAAAUCAUUUUGUCAUGAGAAAAAGUCCACCUGUUUUGAAGAAGAGGAGUCUGAAUUCUUCAUUGAGGUGGACUGUUUCAAUGUUGAGCCAAUUUUGGGUGCCGCUCCUGAGGGCCUUUCACAACAACAACUGGUGAGAAGAUGUAUACUGGGAUCUAUACUGGAGAGUGAGAAGAAUUAUCUAGAUGCACUGAAGAGGAUUUUAGAGCAAUAUGAGAAGCCCCUGUCCCAGAUUGAGCCAAGGCUACUGAGUGACAGGAAACUCAAGAUGACCUUCUACAGAGUGCGGGAGAUCCUGCAGUGCCACUUCCUGUUCCAGAUCGCACUGGCGAGUCGAGUGGCAGAGUGGGACAGCCUGGAGAUGAUUGGUGAUGUUUUUGUAGCCUCGUUCUCAAAGUCAAUGGUGCUGGAUGCCUACAGCGAAUAUGUGAACAACUUCAGCACGGCAAUGUCAGUGGUCAGGAAGACCUGUGCUGCAAAACCUGGCUUCCUGGAAUUCCUGAAGCAUCGCCAGGAGACAAGCUGCGACCGGAUGACUUUGUAUGGCCUGAUGAUGAAACCAAUCCAGAGGUUUCCGCAGUUCAUUCUGCUACUCCAGGACAUGCUCAAAAACACCCCCUUGGGACAUGCGGACCGCCUGCCCCUGCAGAUGGCCUUAACAGAACUUGAGACCUUAGCGGAGAAGCUCAACGAAAAGAAGCGAGAAGCCGAUCAGCGCUGUGAGAUUCGCCACAUUGCAAAGGCCAUGAAUGAACGCUACCUCAACAAGCUCCUGAGUAAUGGCAGCCGUUACCUGAUUCGUUCUGACGACAUGGUGGAGACCGUCUACAAUGAGCGUGGUGAAGUCAUCAAAACAAAGGAGCGACGCCUUUUCCUACUCAACGAUGUUCUCAUGUGUGCUACAGCCAAUAUUCGGUGCCAGGAUGGGAGUGGAGGUGGAGGUGCCCCAUCAGACCAGCGGUUCCUUCUAAAGUGGAGCGUUCCUUUGAACUUUGUUGAAGUGCUGGAGUUUGGAUCCAGUGAGGACAUGCCCGACAACACCCGAUACCCUGCCCCUCAUUCUGGGGAGAAAGUGGUCAUCAAUGCAAAGCCAAACAAACUCUACAUGGGCCCGGGUCAGCUGUACCAAGAUCUGCAGAACCUAAUCCAUGACCUCAGCCUCGUCAACCAGAUCUCUGGCAUGAUCAGCAGCCUCAAAGGCCACUAUCAGAAUGUGAACCCUACAGUAGCCCAGGACUGGGUGUCAGGUCUCCAGAGGCUGAUUCUGAAGAAGGAAGAGGAGAUUAGAGCAGCUGACCGCUGUCGGAUCCAACUUCAGCUGCCUGGCAAACAAGACAACAGGUCGGGUAAGCCCACAUACUUCAGUGCGGUGUUCAAUACCAUCAACCCAGCCAAUAAACAGUCAUGGAUCAGUAACUUGCAAAUGGCUAAGCUGGCUCUAGAGGAGGACAACCUUCAGGGCUGGCUCUUUGCAGAGGAUGACGGAAAUCAGCUCAAAAAGCAGAAACACCCUCUUUUGCUCAAACAGAUGCCUGUAGUCAUGUCUAAACUGCAGGAGUUCAAGGUGGAAUGUGCAGUCCACAACCCGGAGCCCUACAUAAACACAGAGAGCACAGCAGACACCCCAGCGGUGGGUCACGGUUGUGUCUGGGUUUCAAGUUGUACCAACCAGAUGGGGCAAAUAGCCAUAGUAUCCAUGCAGAGCUGCAGCCCGAAGGUGACAGAGUGCUUUAAUGUGGAGUCUCGCAUCCUCUGCAUGGCUUACGUCCCAGCAGAAGAGCCACUGGAAAAUGAUGUCCCCACCGAAGAUGGGAGAGCCAGUGUUACACCGACUGUCUGCCUGGGCAUGGAGGAGGGCAGCAUUAUUGUGUACAAGAGCAGCCAGCGGUCCAAGAAGGUGCGCCUGCAGCAGUUCUUCUCCCCAGACAAAUCCACCGUCACUAGCUUGGCUUACAUGAAGCACUGCCUGUAUGUCGGCCUGGUCAGUGGCUCUGUGGCCAUCUACUCCAGAUCACAAGACGGACUGUGGAAAUGUGAUAAUCCCAAGGUGGUGAAGUUGGGAGUCCUGCCAAUCAAGGCCAUGCUGGCUGUGGAAGAGCACCUCUGGGCUUCAUCGGGUGGGCAGGUCUUCAUCAUUAGCGCUCACACACACUCUGUGGAGAUGCAGCUGGAGGCCCAUCAUGAAGAAGGUAUGGUGGUGUCCAACAUGGUGGUGGCAGGGGUGGGCAUCUGGAUUGCCUUCAGCUCCGGUUCUACUUUGCGUCUCUUCCACACUGAGACCCUGGAGCACCUGCAGGACAUCAAUAUUGCAACACCUGUCCACAAUACGCUCCCUGGAAGCCACAGAGUGUCGGUUAGCAGUUUGUUGGUUUGCCACGGUAUGCUGCUCGUCGGAACCAACCUGGGUGUGACUGUGGCGCUCUCGGUCCCCAGACUACAGGGAAUCCCCAAGGUCACAGGUCGGGGCAUGGUGUCUUUGCACGCUCACAUCGGACCAGUCAAGUUCCUCACCGUGGCCGCAGCAGUCUGUAACCAUCCCUCAGGCCUCCCAUCCCCCGCCUCCUCAGCCUCAGCCUCAGCCCAGGCAACUGAACCAGAGGAUGGAGAACACGUUCAGCCCCCCUCAGAGUCAGUUUCAACCCCACCUCAGGGGAAAGGCGUCUGGCUGGGAGAUGCAGGUUGCACCACCAUGGCUCUCCAGGACUCUCUGUCCUCCUCAUCUUGCGGCUCCUUGGCUCAAUCCCAAGGCUCCUUGGAGCACGGCCCUGAGGACGGAGCGCUUUAUGACAUGCUCCAUGAUCCGGCCCACCACUGGAGAGGACGCCGGGCCAGUAAAGUGGAUGUCAGCUCGCUGCUGGUGGUGUCUGGAGGAUCGGGACAUCGCAGGGUGAACAAAAAGACCAAACAGUCCCGCCAUGACGACAACACCUCGACCAUCCUCAUCUGGCAAAUCCCCUUGCUCAACAUGUGACACGCCAGUAAGCUCUUUUUAAUCACAAAGGCAUCUGAUCUUACAUUUCACUGACUUUUGGACCAAUUACAAUGAACUAAAAGUCUUAGGAUACAGAUUUUUACUCCAUCACAGUAUUUGUCAUGAUGAAAAGGAACAUCAUCACUGUUGUGCCAAAACCGACAAACUAGCUAAAGCAUCACAUGACUGGACUAGACCACCGUUUUUCAAACUUAUUUUUCUACCUGAGGCGUGUGAAGUAACAAUAGGGUUGUUACAUAAAAGGUAUUUUUUUUAAGAUUAGGAUCAGGUUUAAGAAAAUCUGUCAAGACUUGUUGAGGUGUAAAUAUGGAGCUGACUGAGGAUUAUGCGUACGACUUCAGACAAAUGUUCUUUCUCUGUGUAAUAUUUAAAAUAUUAUCAUUUCAUGGCCGGAGAGCUCUGAGCUAGUCCACUGCUUGUUACCUGUGUAUUUGCAAAGAAAAGGGAUUCAAAAAGGUGAAAUAAUGUUGAAAUAAUGAAAUAACUUGAGAAGGGAUGAUGAGAUCCCUGGCUGGCCGGGGUUCUAACAAACAGACCAGUUGUUAUCCACAAGGAAGCUUUUUUUUCGGACCUAAUUUGUUUUUAAUUCUUACUUAAGUAUAUUUAAAAGAAAGAAAAAAAUGUAUUUUGUCACCCCACUUUUGUAUGUACUAUUUUUGUUAUGUUUCUUUAACAAAUCUAUAAACGUUGUUUUAUGGAGAAACUAUUUGUUAUGAUUUAUUUUAUAGUGUAAUCUGGGAAAUAUGGUUAACACCGUGAAAAUGGUUGACUAUUAUUGAUGAAAGUAAAUUGCAGCAGUUUGAGGAACAGGGUACAAUAUUGUAUUCUCCCGUGAUUGUGCUAGUUUUUCUCGAGUACUUGUUGGGACUAGCAGUGCGCCUGAAGGUAGGUGAGCUCAGCCUGAUGCAUCUCUUCCGGGAUUUUGAUGCUCAUUUCUCCCACUGCUGAGCAAAGAGGGUCAAGCCAUUUUCUACGCCUACGUCGACUGUUGUGCAACCAUUAUCAUCACUAUUCAAGCACAAUAUGGGAGAAGGGCAUCAUGCAAUCCACAGCUGAUACUACAUCUUACUACUCCUUGGUUAUGUCUGUAUCUUGUACAACAAUAUGUUUGUACUCCUUUAAUUGGCUUGUGUUUAAUACGGCCGGCUGUUGGUAGCAUUGCUCACACUCCAAGGCUCUUUGCUUUCCCACUGACCCUGCAGGUUUCCAUGGAGACGCUCAUUUUGUGUGCAUGCAUCAGUCCUCGGCCGCUCUUUGUUCUCACAAUAUCUCGCGUUCAAACCCCCCCAUUUGAAUACCUCAGUCUAACCUCGCAGGCCUGAUGGUGGUGCCAUGCCCUCGCCGUGGCUCGCCUCGAUUAAUACAUCAGCAGGCCAGUUGCAGUCCACAGAGGAGAGCUUGUGGACUGUAUGGGAGGAAACCAGUUGCUAUUUUGUGUUACCUCAGCUUAGCCAUUAAGUUGCAGGGUUGCACCAAAACUUAAUGGGGAGGUCAAAACCACAAGUUGAAAAGUGCCAUCUGUUUUCAUUUAACUGCUGCUAUCAUAAUUUACACGCAAUUCCAAAGUAACAUUUGAACACGAUUGUCAGUACAAUAAGUGUAAAAAUAAGUCAACAGCUACUGAUACUAAACUACAAAUACUACAAAUUUUAGCAUUGAUCCAACAGUACACUAUCCACAAUCCAAAAGUACACUAAAUUCACGGGCCAGUAUUAGCUUAAGUGACACGUUUGCUAUUGCUUUUAUUUUUGUUUUUGUUUUUAUUUUCAUUUUCAAGCAAUAUCCCUCGCACAUUCCUUUCUUUGUAGUUUACUUUUUCU